UUUAGAGAGAGAGUCGCGGGUAUAAAUAGGGCAAGACCUCGUUUACCAGAUCUCGUAGCAAAGCAACUUGUAAUUUGAGCAGAAAGCUCCCCAUUUGCCAGAUCCCAUCUGCCGGAGUGAGAGAGAGAUGGCGUCUAACGGGACGAGCAAGGCCUCCGCCCCAUCAACGCCAGCGGCCGCGGAGGAUUCCGAUUCCAGCAAAUGGUCCGGUCAGGUGGCCAUGAUAACGGGGAUCACCGGCCAGGACGGCUCCUACCUGACGGAGCUGCUGCUGAGCAAGGGCUACGAGGUGCACGGCCUCAUUCGCCGCUGCUCCAACUACAAUACGCAGCGCCUCAACCACAUCUACAUCGACCCCCACAACGCCGACAAAGCCCGCAUGCGCCUUCACUACGCCGACCUCACCGACGCCUCCUCCCUCCGCCGCUGGGUAGACACAAUCCGCCCUGACGAGGUGUACAACCUCGCCGCCCAGUCCCACGUCGCCGUCUCCUUCGAGAACCCUGACUACACCGCCGAUGUCGUCGCCACCGGCGCCCUCCGCCUCCUGGAGGCUGUCCGCGCCCACAUCGUCGCCACCGGCCGCUCCGUCCGCUACUACCAGGCUGGAUCCUCCGAAAUGUUCGGUUCUACUCCUCCUCCACAAUCGGAGACCACCCCUUUCCACCCCCGCUCGCCUUAUGCUGCCUCCAAGGUCGCCGCCCAUUGGUACACCGUCAACUACCGGGAGGCCUACGGUCUUUUCGCCGUCAACGGCAUCCUCUUCAACCACGAGAGCCCCCGCCGUGGCGAGAACUUCGUCACCAGGAAGAUCACGCGCGCCGUCGGCCGGAUCAAGGAAGGUCUCCAGAAGCGUGUGUUCCUCGGCAACCUCAAGGCCUCCCGCGACUGGGGCUUCGCCGGCGAUUACGUCGAGGCCAUGUGGCUCAUGCUUCAGCAGGAACGACCCGACGACUACGUGGUCGCCACGGAAGAGUCGCACACCGUCGAGGAAUUCCUGGAGGUCGCGUUUGGCUACGUCGGGCUCAAUUGGCGCGACCAUGUGGAGAUCGACCAGAGGUACUUCCGCCCUGCGGAGGUCGACAACCUCAAGGGCGACGCCAGCAAGGCCCGACGAGAACUUGGGUGGAAGCCCAAAGUUGGAUUCGUUGAGCUCGUGAAGAAGAUGGUAGACGAAGAUUGGGAGCUUGCCAAGAGGGAGAGGGUCCUCGUUGAUGCUGGAUACAUUGACGCCCAGCAGCAGCCGUGAUCUCGCCACUGCCGCCCCCAAUUCUCUUGGCCUGAAUGCUUGCAUGUAGGCGUUCCUUGCUCUCUGCAUUUCGGACGCGAUUUGGGGGCAUUACGUUAUCUUCUGUUGACAAUUCGUAAUCGAGGAAGAGAACAAGUUGGUCUAGUUGUUGUUGGAUCUUAUUGACAGACGUACUUUUUUCGGUUUUCGUUUUGGUUGGUGAUGGAUAGUUGCACGAGAAAAACAAUGGUAAUUAUUUAGAUCUCAGGGAAUCUUGAAGUCAUCUGGUACGUUGCUGACCGGAUCUGAUGUUGGGCUUUCCGAUUUUCUCUACAUUAUCUUUUCUCUUGAAUUGUAUUCUUCCUGGUCUAAUCUGAACUGGGUUGGACCUGUUGUUUUCUUCUUUCUUUCUUCUUUCUGCUCUUGUUGGUAAAGCGUCGGUGGUGGAACUUUCAUUUGUCAUAGAUAUCUUCUAGUGAAGUUUUAUAAUUUUAAAUUACUGAAUCGAGGAUAGGUUGCUUCUAGUGAAGUUAUAUAAUUUUUAUUUACUGUAUCGAGGAUUCUGUCUUGGGGAUGAUUGGGCAGAAGGAAUUGCAGUUUCAGGGGAAAUGGGUUUGUGUUACAGAAUCCUUUUGUUAAAAAUAUAGUUGGAAAUAAAAUUCGAAUUUUUUUCUUGGUUCA